UUGGUCUAGUUAAUUAAAACAAGAUGGCUUCUGGUUCUCGUGUUCUUGUCUAUGGAGGAAAAGGAGCUCUUGGAUCAGCUGUAGUGAGCUACUUUAAAGGAAAGAACUGGUGGGUUGGGUCUAUUGAUUUGUUUGCUAAUGAAGAAGCUGAUGUUAAUAUCCUAAUAACAGAGACUGAGUCAUGGACCAAACAGUCAGAACAAGUUUGUGGUAAAGUAGGUGAAGUGUUGGGGGACAGUAAAGUAGACAGCAUACUGUGUGUGGCUGGGGGCUGGGCUGGGGGUAAUGCCAGCAGUCCAGGUAUGAUUAGUGUAUGGAGCUAUCGUUAUUAUUCAUUGAUAGAUUUAGUUAAAAACUCUGAUCUCAUGUGGAAACAAAGUGUUUGGACGUCAGUAAUAGCAUCUUCACUGGCUGCUAAUUACAUGAAAGAGGGCGGGGUCAUUGUAUUAACUGGAGCUAAAGCUGCUUUAGAAGGAACACCAGGUAUGAUCGGAUAUGGUCUAGCAAAAGCUGCCGUCCAUCAAUUAAUUAAAAGUUUAUCAUCUCCUGACAAUGGACUCCCAUCUAAUGCAAUAGCACUAGGAAUAUUACCCAUUACUCUAGACACUCCCAUGAACAGAAAGUUCAUGUCCAAUGCUGACUUCAGCCAAUGGACACCGUUGGAUACUGUUGCUAGCAAGCUAUUUGAUUGGUCGGAGGGUAAGGAUCGUCCACCCAAUGGAAGUUUAGUUCAACUAGUGACGACAAAUGGAGCCACUGAAUUUAUUAAUAACUGACCACACCCACUACCAGUGAUUAUUAAUAACUUUUAAUUAACUAUUUUGAUAACUUUUCAAUCAGUUAUUAAGUGAUAAUUAUUGGAGUCUUGUCUCCUUCCAAUGA